CAGGUCGUAUCUCUCACGUCUCUCUGUCUGUUAUAAAUUGGGGUUUCGAAGAAUCUGGGUUUUGUUUUGCUAGGGAACCAAACCCUUCCUCCUCCUCCGUUCAAGCUUGAGGCUCUAUCUGCUCUUUAACCGGCUGAAAUGGGAGAAAAAUGGAGGAGAAGCAUUGAUUUGAUGUUCUCAAUCCUUCUCAUCUUCAUCACGGCGUUGGCUUUGGUUUCAGCCGAUCGAGGUUUGAUGAAUCGCAUUCCGGCCAUGGCCGAGAAGGAAAAGGAGGACUCAAGCUAUUUAACUAAGGUUUUAGGUUUCUUGUGGCGAGCUGAUGGAUCUGGGUAUCAUCAUGUCUGGCCUCCGAUGAAAUUUGGUUGGCAAAUAGUGGUCGGCUCAGUGGUUGGGUUCUUCGGGGCCGCGUUAGGCAGCGUGGGAGGUGUCGGUGGUGGAGGGAUUUUUGUUCCGAUGCUUGCUUUGAUCAUCGGGUUUGAUCCAAAAUCUUCCACUGCGAUAUCGAAAUGUAUGAUCACAGGUGCAGCUGCUUCUACUGUUUACUAUAAUCUUAGGCUGAGGCAUCCUACUUUAGAUACAUCGCUCAUCGACUAUGAUCUUGCUUUGCUCUUCCAACCUAUGCUUAUGCUUGGGAUUAGUAUUGGAGUCAUUUUCAAUGUAGUUUUUCCGGACUGGAUGGUCACAGUUCUUCUGAUCAUUCUCUUCUUAGUUACCUCAACCAUGGCGUUCAUGAGGGGCGUUGAGACAUGGAAGAAGGAGACGUUGAUGAAGAAGGAGGCAGCCAAAAACCCCGAGUUUAAAGAUGCGAACGAAGAAGCUGAGUACAAGCUUAUUCCUGGCGGCCCUGGCAACACUGCUCAAAUGGAGGACAACUCAGAUACUGAACAAGAGUUUUCAAUCAUUGAAAAUGUCUCCUGGAAGGAUCUGGGCCUUCUACUAUUUGUCUGGAUAGCUUUUCUUGCACUGCAGAUUACAAAAAACCAUACAAGAACAUGUUCAGUAUGGUAUUGGGUGUUGAAUUUGCUGCAGAUCCCAGUUUCUGUUGGUGUCAGUUUGUACGAAGCUGUCAGUUUGUACAAGGGUAGAAGAGUGAUCGCGUCGAAGGGAGAAGUAGUGACGGAGUGGAAGAUUCAUCAGCUCGUAAUAUACUGCUUAUUCGGUAUCAUUGCCGGCAUGGUUGGAGGAUUGCUUGGUUUAGGAGGAGGUUUUAUUCUUGGUCCUCUUUUCUUGGAGUUGGGAAUUCCACCUCAGGUAUCGAGCGCGACGGCCACCUUUGCCAUGACAUUUUCUGCUUCUAUGUCUGUAGUUCAAUACUACCUUCUAAGUCGUUUUCCGGUCCCAUAUGCCAUAUACUUCGCGGCGGUGGCCACAGUUGCUGCAUUUGUUGGCCAACAUGUUGUGAGAAAGAUUAUACUUAUUAUGGGGAGAGCAUCUCUCAUCAUCUUCAUACUGGCUUUUACAAUCUUUAUAAGUGCUAUUUCCUUAGGCGGGGUUGGUAUUUCACGUAUGAUACAUAAAAUUCAACUGCAGGAGUACAUGGGCUUUGAGAACCUAUGCCUUGCAUAGUAAGAAAUUAGCAUUAGUGUUAUUUUUGGGCGUGACGUGCACAGCCUCAUGCUACAGUAUUUUGGUAUGUUGGCUUGUAUCAAUGUUAUUCUUUUGAUAAAUUUCUUUAGUAUUAUUUCAUAAUUCUAAAUUUUGGUCUAUUCCGUUGCUCUUUGCUGUUUAGGGAAUUUUUUUUUU